CCAACAGCUCUUGAACGCUGCAUGGUUUUGAAGGAACGCAGUAUACGUCACUGAGCUUCAACUACUGCGCAUGCGCGUUGGUCUCCUCCGGCUAGCUUGAAAUUGUGGGAAGUUUGGUCCUGAGAACAAAGGAACUGCAACAGGAACUGCUUCGUAAAAGAAGGCCUCGCCGGUCUUCUCCGUCAUGGCCUCCACCUCUGAGGAGAACGUCCACGUAGAGGAGGUGGUGGUAGUGACGACGCCGGACAACUCGGCUCAGAGUCCCACGGCGGAGGACAUGAAGAACAUGCUGGAGACCGCAGACCUUCAACCGUCUGAGGUAGAGAAUUUGGAACAGAGCUUAGAGGCUGAAUCCAGUCCUGCCAUCUCUCUGCCUAAAGAAGCUGUGCUCGUGAAGCUUUCAGCAGACGUGGACGUAGAGACGGACAUCCUUUAUCAAAUAACCUGCGGAGACAGCAAGGCCGACCUGGUGUGGAAAAAAUUCGUCUGCCCCGGCAUCAACGUCAAGUGUGUGCAGUUCAACAAUCACCUGAUCAGUCCAAAGGAGUUUGUUUACCUGGCUGGAAAAUCCACUCUGAAAGACUGGAAGAGAGCGAUACGGCUCAACGGCACCAUGUUAAGGAAGAUCAUGGACUCUGGUGAGCUGGACUUCUUCCAGCACUCGAAGCUGUGCUCCAACACGUGCCGCAGCACCAAGAUCGACCUGGUGGGGACGCGAGCACCUCUCAGCGGCCAGGCGUCCACCGAGACCACGACCGCUCCGUCUUCUGCCGACGUAAAUGGAUCUCCAGCCACAUUUACAACAGAAACGUCAGAAGAAAGCACAGAGUGGGUCACGGCUAUAGGAGAGGACACCAUGACGUUCUGGAAAGGUCUGAAGGAUGCCGGCCUGCUGGAGGACAUCGUGGAGGACCUGCAGAAAGAGAUGGAGGAGAUCCUCAAAGGCCUGGAAGAACGCAUCAACGAACCACCGCUGCAGGUCAAAGAUGCUGCGCUGCUGAACAAUAUCGUUCAGAACUUUGGGAUGCUGGACCUGGUGAAGAAAGUGCUGGCCAGCCACAAGAGUGAAAUGGAUCGCUGCAGGGAACAGUACACUCAGAGUUUAGCAGCUCUGGAGCGCCAGUGUGACGAACACCGCAAACGUGCCAAGGAACUGAAGAGCAAAUCCCAGCACCUCAACAACGUCCUCAUGAACCUGACCCCUGUAGCCACUCCCCCAGCUCCCAAGCGCCCCCGCCUCACCCGUGCCGUUUCCGGACCCGCCUCCGUGAUGGCUCCACCCGCUCAGCCCACCCAGUUUACCCUGCCCAUCACCCAGCUCACAGGCAUCCCAUUAGACAAAAUCUUAUCAAAUGUGGGAGGCUCCGCCCCUAAUCAGUCCCCCUUUAUAGGGAGUUACACAGUCCUGACAUCUCCAGGAGGAGCAGAACUGCAGCCUGACACGUCCAAUCUCACCGUGCUGAGCUCAGAUGUAGCAGGAGGCUCCGCUAUCGUUAAAGUGCUCAGUCCCAUUCAGCUGCUCACGCUGCCCGCUCUGGGAGCCGGAGCCACGCUGCAGAACCUGACAGCACCAGCAGGGGGCAGCACCUUCGUGGCCUUGCCGGUUAGUGCCGCUGCAGUGGAGACACUGGGAGCUCAUGCAGAAGAGACGAGAGCAGAGGGCAACACUGAACAGCAAACCAAAGACAAGCAAUAGAAAGAUUUAUAGAUUUAUUAGAUGUUUUGUGUGUGUGUGUUUUUAUGUUUGUGUGUGUGUUAUUUUUGGACACGUUUCAUGUCUUACACAUUUCUUCAGUCUCACGUCAGCUUGCUAAAACUAUUUUGUUUAAAUGUAUUUUCUUUAUUUUUCUAGUCACAUGAUGGCUACCUACCAGUCCAGGAUGGUGAGGGUUUAAUAUGGAGAGAGUAAAAGUGCCACAUAUUAAAACUAAAAAAAAAAAAAAAAAAGCAAAAUAAAGCGACAAAUCCAAACAAUUAUCUUGAAUUAAUCAGACCCAAUCCUCCUCUG